AUGAUGAUACCUCAUACUCAUGCUGUAGCCCCUUCGAAGAACGCUCUUCAUUACCUGCGCCAAAUCCUCUUCCAUUGGCCCUGCGAAUCAUUUCAUCGCGGGCCCACCGCCAACUGCAUUAGACUCGAUGUCCGGCGGGAAAACAGCAAUUGCUCCCAGCAGGCGAAGGUCCGCUCCCCAGAGGUACCUAAAAAGCAGCGGAACCCAAUUUGUCUAGAGGCCCCGCCAUCAUCGCCUAAUGUUUCGCUCACGAAGCCAGCGCCGAAGUCCGUCUCCCGGCGCCAUCUGUUAAUCUCACAGAGAGCGUCCGCUCAGGGGGCUGCUACUACUACUGCUGCUACGACUAAUACCACUACCGCUACCUCAAUUGCAAUUCCUAUCCAGGAUAAAAUCAAAAGUGCUUCGUCAAGGAUUUGGGUACUGAAGUGCUGUCGGUCCAUUCUGGAGGGGAAGCCAUCGGAGGCUAGGGAGGGAUUUCUGGCGGGGCUCCGGCGGGGUGAAGAUGGCGAGCAGGUCAAGAUCGUGGGAAAGGCAGUGAUGAAGGCAUUGAGAAAGCGGGGGCGGCAUUCCGAGAUCCCCGACAUAUUCCACCGGAUGCACAUCGCCGGUCAGAAGCAUGUCGACACCUACGCGCUGAAUAUAUGUCUAGAGGCGUACAUUGAAAUGGGUAUGUACUCCAAAGUUAUCUCGACAUAUCGGCAUCACAGGCCCAGGGUGCGCCCGGAUAUACAAACCAUGAGGCAUCGGUUGCGGAAUCUCAUCGCUAUGCGGAAAUUGCACCAGGCGGAGAAACUGCUGCGGAGGCUUCUGAGGGAGGAGGGGCCACCGUGGAUGGCAGAUUCCACGAUGUUUGCGCUGCUGCUUGGUGGGGUGAAGAUUAUUAGUGGAUCGUUUCACAGGAUGGAGAGGAUAUUCAAGUGGAUGGCUGAAUCAAGGGUAAAACUUCACGUCGGUGUGUUUAACAUAUUGAUUGAGGCGGCAAUCGAUAUUGGUAGGCUAGAUAUAGCAAAAGGAUAUGCGCAGGUGAAGCUGGAAUUUGGUAUCAAGCAUAACGCGGAGACCUACGCAAUUUUUCUGGCGGCGUACGCUCGGAAGCAGAACUGGCAAGGUACGGCAAAUGUCCUAAAGGAGAUGGGGGUGAGGAAGGUACAGCUCACGGCACCCAUGUUUAAUAUGCUCUUAAAGACCUACUCUACCAUGAUUGGACUACAAGAUCUGGAAAAGUUUUUUGACGAGAUGGAAAAACGAGGUAUAUUGCCGGAUUCAUACUCUUACAAUAUUAUGAUCCACUCAUGUGUACGGCAGUGGGAUGAGCCCAGCAUAGAGCAUUGGGUUCGCCGGUUGGUGAGUUCUGGGAUUGAACCGGAUGCUGCAACUCUGAAUACACUGUUUCAAACCAUCCGCUACACUGGCGAUGCGGUCCCUUCUCUAUUACGGAGGAUUUACGCCAUUAUCCGGGAAAGCAACGACUCCUUAAUCAACCAGCGGACAAAGGACAUGCUCGUGCACUCAACAUAUCGAGGGUUGCAGCGAGUUCGGAUUCGACCCUCACAAGAACAUGUGGACCAAAGUAGAGAAGAAGUAGCGAUGGAUCGCGCACUCCAACAAGGCCAAUUCAUCACAGCAAUCGACAUAUUCCAAAAGCACCUCUCGAGAGGCAUAAAACCCUCUAUCCCAAUCGUAACCUCUGCCGUCCGUGCCACCCUCUCCCUGCCUAGGCCCAACCUCCCAGAAGCAUAUAGACUCCUCCGGAUCUGCGAAGACCGCGGGAUCAAAAUCAGCAAAACCCCCACCCUCCGAUCCUUCGAAGUCCUCCUCCCGCCACGGAACACCGACCCAGCAGAAGCCUACAUCGCCGUCUCCAGCCAGGUCCGCGAAGCAUACACAUUCCUCGAAUCCGCUGAGCUGCCAAUAACCCACGACAUAAGCGUGCACACGGCAUGGCGUCUCAUCCAAGAAAAGAACCCCCGCGCCGCGGUCCUCCUCCUGCACAAGAUCUCGAAAACCCGCUGGGGCACGGAUUUCCCGUGGGAGAAGAAGAGCCUGACGGUGCUCAUGAAGGCGUACAUCGACAUCGGGCAUAUUUCUGGCUUGGGCUGGAUAGUGGAUCAGCUGAUCGACAGCGGGGAGGUGCCGGAUGGCGUGGUGUUCAAGUACUUGAAGAGGGCGGUGGAUGCUGCGACGACCGACCAAGAUAAGACUUUUGCGCAGUGGUUAGGAGCAAGAUGCUUCAAGCAUAAGUCUUCCAUGAGAGAAGAGGCCAAGAGGCGCAUGCACUUCCUGUGGUAUUUGGCAAAGAAUUGGAAGAAGACUUGAUUUUAUUGGACCUAUCUCUGUGUUUAUCGGAUGGGAGAGGCGUUGUUUUCCAGUGUGUAUGUGCAUGUAUGUGCGCUUAGAUUUCUCAUCUUUUUGUGAUUCCCCGGUACCGUAUAGAUGGGUUAAGUGAAACAGGUGCAUUAUAUAGGCGGGGUGGGGGUUCAUUUAGCACAUCAUAUUUCUUUCGUCCAUUCAUUGGCCAUCAGUCGCUCUCUCCUUUGUGCCUUAACUUAUUUGUACUGUAUUUGUAACAUGGCCCGCACAAUAGCUAUACAUAAUUCUAUAUGGCUCUCUGCUUUGGAUGUAGAUGGUCGCUUGUCACGAAA